UGAUGUUGCGCGGAUCCUUGCGUCUGGAGAGCAUCGCGCUGUCGCGGAUGGAAUUAUUCGUGGAUUAGACACCUGGUGGAUUGGCGAGGUGGGAUGCGAUGCUCAUCGGCGUUCAGGACUUCAUCGCCGGAUGGAUCGCAGGAACCACAGCUUUGGCCAUUGGGCACCCCUUCGAUACAAUUAAAGUCCGCCAACAAGUCCUCCACACGCGAUUGUUCAAAGCUGUUAAAUUCACAUUUAAACAUGAAGGCAUUCCUGGUUUCUACAAGGGAUUCGUCCUUCCUGCUCUUAUGAUAGGUCCAUCCAAUGCGAUAUUCUUCGGUUUUUAUGGCGGUACAAUGCGUUUCAUCGGCAAAGAAGGACAGGAAGGCCGUGUGGAUCUAACAGAUCCAAAUUGGGAACGUAAUGUGUUUCUAGCAGGAACAUUUGCUGGUUUUUGGCAGGUAAUAUUCACAUGUCCAGCAGAGUUGGUAAAAACUCUACUACAAAUGCAAACACAGAACAAAAACGUCUGGAAAUCACGGUACGAAACAGACGCAAAAGGAAUCAUAGAUUGCCUAAUAAAAAUAUGGCGUGGACCGGGUUUUAAAUGGUAUUUCAGAGGAAUCACACCGAUGAUGUACAGAGACUGCCCAACAAGUGGCAUAUACACAUUAGUUUACGAAUGGUUAGUCAACUGUGAUUAUGGCUACAAUAUACUCAAUCACAAAGUGGUGAAACAAUCAUUCGCCGGUGGUACAGCAGGUUUACUCUCGUGGAUAUUCGUCGUGCCUUUGGAUGUGAUAAAAUCCCGAAUGCAAGGUGAUAAUAUGUACAACCCGCAGUUUCGUAGCAUGAGACAUUGCGUCAUGAGCACGUAUCACGAACACGGCUGGCAGUACUUCUUCCAAGGUACAUGGCCGGUUUUAGUGCGCUCAUUCCCAUUCAACGUCGCCAUCUUUGUAACUUACGAGUUUGUUAUGGACAUGUUUAAAUUGUACACAUAAUAUUAAAAAUUGUAGUUUUUUGACUGA